AUGAAGAACUUCAUAGCGACCGGGGGGCUGGACAACGCUUCCUUCUUUCGACCACUUCCCCCCCACGGUGCUAGCCAUCGUGGUUGGACUUCGUCGCUUGGCAAUGACCUUGUAAAACAAGCCCCCCCAUCGGUGUUUGCCAUCUUGAACACAGUAGGAAAAGUGUUUCGUAAGCUGCUGAACGAUAGAAUAGUGGGAGUAUUGGAGAAGGAACAUAGCAUUAGUGAGGGUCAAGCAGGGAUCCGGAAGAAGAGGGGGUGCGUAGACCACGUAUUCACGGUAGGGAGAAUCAUCCAACGUAGAAAGAGGGCGGGAAAGCCGACGUACUGCUUCUUCCUGGACGUGAAAAAGGCAUACGACACCGUAUGGAGAAAUGGGUUGUGGAAACAACUGUCCAAAUACGGGAUCAAGGGGAAAAUGUGGAGAGUGCUGAAGAAGAUGACAGAGUGUACGAAAAGCGCGGUCAUGCUAGACGGAGAACUGUCAAAAUUCUUCGACAUUGAGCAGGGGGUCCCACAAGGUUGCACGCUGUCCCCAACAUUGUUCCAGGUGUUCAUCAACGAUCUGUUGGAAGUCGUAGAGGCAGUCCGGAAGGGAGUAAAAGUAGGGGACACGGAAACGUCGGUUUCAGGAAUGCUGUUUGCGGAUGAUUUUGUCGGUAUGUCGGACACCCCUGAGGGACUGCAACUGCAAAUUAACGCGGCGAAGAAGUGUACUGAUAAGUGGAGACUGCCUGCCGACGUUAGAAACAGUGCCGUCAUGGUAUGCAACGAGAACAAGGAGGAACCAGUGCAAAAUAGAUGGAAGUGGGGGAUCGAGGAGAUUGCAGUAGUGGACCAGUACACAUAG